CCACGGGCGCGUGCACAUAAAAGAGUGACGUCGGCACCGAACAACCAAUCGCGUUCAAUAUGGAUAGAGCUGGAGCUGUCUAUUUUUCUGCGGAGGAGCAAGAAGUAAUUAUUCAAAAGUAUGAGGAAUAUACACAUGUGUUUCAAGCACGCAGUAAUACUGUCUCUGCUGCCAAAGCAAGAGAAGAGUGUUGGAAAAAAGAUCGCUGAUUGCGUUAAUGCAUGCAACCCCAACUACAAACGUUCUUGGCAGCAGAUAAAGACAAAAUAUAAAAAUAUAAUUCAAAGUGCAAACAGAAAAAAGUGUGACAUUCGGAAAACUGGGGGAGGGCCACCUCCCCCAGAAUACACUGUGGCAGAGGAGCUGGCUCUGAGUAGCAAUAAGGGGCGGCCGAUUAUGGAUGGUAUUACAGGUGCUGUACAAUCUGACCCUGGUGCUGGCUCCUCUCAGCAAGUGACACUGGUAGAGGGAAAUACAGUGUCCCUGUUGAAACCGGCACACUUUCACACAGUCUCCCACACAGAGGGUGAAGCAAAUGACGAAGACACCCUCUCUGUGUGUUCUGAAACCAUUGCUGAGGAUUUUUCACAACCUGCCCCACAAACUGAUGCCUCUACCUCAAUGGGCUUCAGAAGGAAUGUGAACAAGGUGGAAACUGACUCAGUCAGGGCCCUUUACAAAAGGAGCCUAGAAUUGGACUGCACUCUAAAGGAGCUGGACUGUGAGCUGAGGAGCCUCCAAAUUAAAAAAAUUAAAUUGGAGAUCAAACAGCUGGAAAAACAGAUCUCAGUAUGUGAACUUACUAAAACAGGCAACACAUUAGUAUGAAUACUUAUUAAUGCAUCUUUCUCUCUUUCUCCCUCCCUAGCCACAUCAACAAUAAAAUCAUUUGAGACCUAUCUGCAGUUUCAAUGUGCUUUUAUUAAGUAAAAUAUUGUAUGGUGAUUGCAUCUCUGACAGCUGCGCCAGCUGGGUGGUCAAGUGUGAUUGGGUCAAUUUCAUCGGGGAGAAGCUGGUUUAGUGGUGGUGCUUGCUCCUUUCUGAUAGUGGCUAUAUUGUGCAGAAUGGCAUAUGCAGCCACUAUCUGUGAUGCCAGCUCUGGUGACACCCUUAACCGCCGAAGGCAGUUGAAACGUGCCUUUAGGAUGCCAAAGGUCAUCUCGAUCUUGACCUUGGUUUUACUGAGGGCCACAUUGAACCGGUUUUGUGGCCUUGUCUGAGGGUCAGGAUAGGGGGUAAGUAAAAAUCUCUGGCAUGCAUAACCCCUGUCUCCUACCAACAGGCCAUCAAAAAGCCCUGUCACAGAACAGAAAAGGGGAAAAUUUUAUAAGUUUUGCUUUGUCAAUUAAAAAGAACACUUUAAAGUGUUUUGUACUGUAACUUGCCUUCCUCAAAGCGCUGACACAACACAGACUCACGGAAAAUUUGUGAGUCAUGCACUGAGCCAGGCCAUUUGGCAUCCAAGCUUGUGAUCAUGCAUUCAUGAUCACAAGUUAUCUGCAGAUGAAAUGUACAGAUCAUUGUCAUGUUAAUGAUUCAUCUCACUGAAAAUAAGUCAUCUUGAAUCUAUAGUACACCUACCUGAACAUUGAGGCUGUGAAAGGACUUUCCAUUCACAUAAUCUGCCUCAUGUUCUCCAAGAGCUGUGGAGAUUGCAACGUGUGUGCAGUCUAUUGCUCCUAUGACUCUAGGGAAUCCUAUCAUAAGAUUAAUAUAUAUUUUAAAAGAUUUAGAAUAAUAUUAACAUGUAUUGUAUAAUUUAAGUGUUCUGAGUGAAAUCUGCUUUCUGGGAAGAAAAAAAAAGUGAAUGUAUAAAAGUAAAUCUGUUCAUGUAGUGUCACCCUAUUAAUCUUACCGGCAAUUUUAUAAAAGCCCUCUUUUAUGGACAUGGUCUAUAAAUGUCCAGGGAACACUAUGAAGCUAUUCAUGUACCCCUGCAGUACGAGGACCACCUUGCGAAUGGUUCGACAAACCGUGUUUUUCCCAAGGUUCUCUGCAUCACCGAUCGCAUAUAAGUACGUACCACUUGCAAAAAAACGCAACGCAAUGCAUACCAUUUGCGGUACAGUAAGAGCAUGACAUCGACGUGUCACAUUUGAUAUGUGCGGCUCAAGAAGUUCGCAAAUAUAAGA